AUGGCGCCCACCUCCAACAAGUCCUUCAUCUACAAGAAGGUGCCCCAGGGCUUCCCCGUCCCCGGCCAGGACCUCGUCAUCGAGGACAGGCCCAUUGACCUCGAGAAUGCGCCCCUCCACGGCGGCGUCCUCGUCGAGGUUCUCUACACCUCCUUCGACCCCUACAUGCGCGGCCGCAUGCGCGAUCCUAAGGUCAAGUCAUACUCGCCCCCCUUCGACCUCGACCAGCCCAUCGUGAGCGCCUCAGUCGUCAAGGUCCUCCGCUCUCGACACGCCCGAGUUCGCCGGUCGGCGACGAGUUCGCCUUCCUUCUACGGCCAGAACGCCCACAAGAUUCACAACCCUCACAACCUGCCCGCCCACUACUUCAUCGGCAUCCUCGGCAUACCCGGCACCACGGCCUACGAGGGCCUCUACGAGAUCGGCAAGCCCGUCGCCGGCGAGACCAUCUUCGUCUCCUCGGCCGCCGGCGCCGUCGGCCAGCUCGUCGGCCAGCUCGCCAAGGCUGAGGGCCUCAAGGUCAUCGGCUCGGCCGGCUCGCAGGAGAAGAUCGACUUCAUCAUCAACGAGCUCGGCUUCGACGGCGCCUUCAACUACAAGACGGACGAGCCCAACGAGGCCCUCGCGCGCCUGGCCCCCAACGGCAUCGACAUUUACUGGGACAACGUCGGCGGCGCCCAGCUCGAGGCCGCCCUCAACGCCAUCAACAAGAACGGCCGCAUCAUCGGCUGCGGCUCCAUCGUCGACUACAACGUCAAGCCCGAGGACCGCUACGGCGUCAAGAACCUCUUCAACAUCAUCGGCAAGUCCCUGACCUUCAAGGGCUUCAUCGUCAGCCUCACCCCCGAGCGCUACCAGGCCUUCAACGACAAGGUCCAGCCCCUGCUCGCCGACGGCAAGGUCAAGGCCAAGGUCGACAUCACCGAGGGCAUCGAGAACGCCGCCGAGGGCCUCGUCGGCAUUUUCCACGGCAAGAACUUUGGCAAGGCCGUCCUCAAGGUCAAGGCGUGA